AUGAGCCGCCUCUGGAAGCUGCUGCGCGCGCUGAAGCUCCGGGCUCUCGGGCCAGAGAAGCAGCAGGUGGGCGUCGACCACCUGGGGAACAAAUAUUAUCGGAUCUCGAAACACGAAACGUGGGCAGGACAUAUCAUUCAGGAAAGAAGAUUUGUGGAAGCAGUAGAUGUAAAGGAACACGAGUAUGAAGUGGGGGAUAUCCCAACGGAAUGGGAAGCUUGGAUUAGAAAGAGGAGAAAGGAUCCACCUACAAUUGAGGAAAUUCUUAAGCAUGAGAAAUACAGAGAAGGAUUAAAAAGGAAGGUGGACGAAGUUUACGAAAAAGACAGACUCCUACAGGCCAAAGAAUAUGAAGAGGGACUUGUGGCAGAACCAGUUAAAACCAAGAUUAAAGGCCAUGCGUCUGCUCAGCAUUACGAAAGGAAUGAACUCUUGGAAGACCCAGUCAGCACGGCAAAUACUUUUCAGCCUGGUUCCUGGAAACCCCCGCAGGAUCAUGAACGUAAAAAAUAAG